UAUGACAACGGCUCCAUUCUCUCGUCUAUUCUGUUCCCGUGUUUUUGUCGUCCAGCUUACAGGUUUCUUCCAAUUUGUGUUUUUCUAACAUGUGGUCUCGCGCACCUCUCCUCGUCCUCCCAUUGCUCAGCAGCCAUGCCACCGCACACACUUUCAUCUGGGGCGUCUUCGUCAACGGCGUCGACCAAGGCCUCUUCACCGGCAUCCGUGCACCGCCCUACAACGCCGCCCCCAACGCAGGCGGGUACGCCAACUCACCGGUGAAAAACCUCUCCUCGCUCGACCUCCGCUGCAACGUUAUGGGCGACAUUCAAGCACCCGACACCAUCAAGGUAUCUCCCGGCGACAAUCUCACCUUCGAUUGGCACCACGACUACCGCAACGACAGCGACGACAUCAUCGCGAGUAGCCACCACGGGCCGUCCAUCGUGUAUCUCAGCCCGGAUCCACCGGGUGAGAAUACUUUUGUCAAGAUUUGGGAGGAGGGGCUGUAUGAAAGUAACCCGUUCCCGCAGCCAGGGAAGUGGAGUACGACCGGGGAUAUCAGGGAGAAGCAUGGGAAGAUGAACGUGAGGGUGCCGGCGGGACUGAAGGCGGGAUUCUACCUCAUCCGCGCGGAGAUGAUCGCCUUCCACGAGGGCGAAGUCGCGUACACCAAGAAUCCGCGGCGCGGCACCCAGUUUUACCCCAACUGCGUGCAGAUCGAGGUUGUGGGUGAUGGCACGGUCGAGCUGCCUGAGGGCGUGUCGUUCCCCGGAGCGUACAAGGAGGAGGACCCGGGGAUCGUGUAUGAUAUCUACUGCUCCACCGAAACCCGCACCAUCCCAACCGCCCCCUGCACGACCACCUACCCUAUUCCCGGGCCUACUGUGUGGUCUGGCGCGUGGGCGGAAACUACCGCAGUCCCGCUGAGCCCUAUCAAAGGGGACACCACGGCGUACCCGUGGUCGACGUGGAUCGUGAACUCGGUUGUUACGUCGGGGAGUUUUACGGAUAGGAAGCACGUCACAGUUGUAGGGACGAGUACGUACAAGGCGAGUUGGAGCACGACGUAUCAGACGCCUGCGCCAGGUACGAGGCGAUGGUAGCGGGUGUACUCGUGAGCGUGAAUGAAGGGAUGGCACGUGAGCUUCUCGCCCCCAAUUCUCUCAAAUUCUCGAGCAGGGCCGAGCGUCUGAGUUUGCAAAUCAAACGUCAAAAUCUUCACCCACCCCUUCAUCGUGGAGGUUGAGGGUUCAUUUUUGCAGCUGAAUUAGCGGCCGUGUGUAUGGGAGGCUUGAGUGUCCGUUCGUGGUUCAGCUCAUCCGCAAUUACCAUCCACUUGAUGAGACCUAGAUGAAGAAAUGAUCUACAGAGUUCCCCGAUUCUGGAGAUGCACUUGUCUGCACUUGGGCUGCUACAUAAGAAGCCUG